GUAAUCAACACGGAAGCAGCGUAUCCUGAAUCCUUUUUGACGCAUGCAUUUGCACUUUGAGCACUUCGUUGUACAUUCAUCCAGAUAUUGUUAACCCAGACGUUAGCAUUAACAGAUAAUACAGACUGAGGUGUGCGUGGUGCAGGUAUGUCGUCCAGCGGAGAAGGAGUGUUACAGGCCGUGGAGACCCCGCUGUUCUGGCUCGGUGCGCUGACCGCGGCCUGGCUGUCUGUGUGCUCCGUCUACCGGCUGCUCUCCGGGAUCAAGGUGUGGGUGCUGGGCAACGGACGGCUCGUGUCACCCAUUGCACUGGGGAAAUGGGCAGUGGUGACAGGAGCCACAGAUGGGAUCGGGAAAGCUUAUGCAGAGGAGCUCGCCCGCAGAGGCUUUGCCAUCGUGCUGAUCAGCCGCUCUCAGGAGAAGCUGGACGAUGUGUCCAAGGCGAUCUCGAGCAAAUGUGGCGUGGAGACCAAAACGAUAGCAGCAGACUUCAGUGCUGUAGACAUCUACUCUAAGAUUGAAGAUGGACUUGCAGGACUGGAGAUUGGAGUUUUGGUGAACAAUGUUGGGAUAUCCUAUUCAUACCCUGAGUUCUUCCUCAACGUCCCCAACCUCGACACGUUCAUCGACACCAUGGUCAACAUUAACAUCACCUCAGUCUGCCAGAUGACACGUCUCGUAUUACCUCGAAUGGUGGAGCGGAAGAAGGGGGCUAUCCUCAACAUCUCAUCUGCCAGUGGGAUGUACCCUGUUCCUCUGCUCACUGUCUACUCUGCCUCCAAGGCAUUUGUGGACUUCUUUUCGCGAGGGCUUCAAGCUGAAUACAAGAGCAAAGGCAUCAUCAUCCAGAGUGUUCUGCCAUUUUUUGUUGCAACCAAGCUGAGUAAAAUCCGUCGGGCUACGCUGGACAAGCCCAGUCCAGAGCGCUACGUUUCAGCCGAGCUCAACACUGUGGGGCUACAGACCCAGACCAACGGCUACCUGCCCCACGCCAUUAUGGGCUGGGUGACUACAGCCCUGCUCCCUGCCAAGAUCCUCAACAGCCACGUGAUGGGGAUGGGUUUGUCCCAGCGCGCUCGUUACCUCAAGAAGCAGAAGCAGGGGUAGAUAGAUCAGCGGCGGCUGGGAGCGGCAGCAACAGAGGGGUCCAGCUGUGUUGACCACUCCUCCGGCUACCAUCACUGCAGACCAAGACGAGAAAAUGGGACCAUUUCAGUGCAACAUCCCAUUCCCCCCCCUCUGAUGCUCUCAGUCAUACAUGAUGUGAGGCCGUAUUUCGCCGCAGUUGCUGACAUGUAUUCAAUCCAAACAGUCAAAACGAAUGUGAAAAUUACUGAACAAAGUGGUGCUCGUCUUUGAGUGAUCAGCUUUAAUGAAAGGAACACUAACAUGGAACAUGAAAACUAUCCCCAGAACUCUCCAUCUGUCCUCAAAACAUGAUCAGUUCAGCCUGCGUGUUAAGGGAAGGAUACAGAUCAUUUGGGUGUCUGAGGUUUGGGGCCUCCUGUGAGUACAAGGACCAACUUUUAGCUUUGUGGGCUCUCUUCAAGCUAUUUAGGGGAACACUGGAGGUGGUACUUACUGCUCACACUUUCUAGAGCACUUAAAUAACAUGUUUUCAAGAUUAAAAACAAUGAAAUUUGCUUUUUUUUUGGUGAUAAUGGAUUUCUUAAUUCUUUUUGGGUUUUUUUUUUCAUCUUUCCAUAUUUUCUCUACAGUAUUGAUGCGGUGUUGAACUACAUGGUAGUUUGGUUAAAUUAUAAAAUAAGAGCGGACACUGUAGAAGAAAACCUCUGGUUGUUCACCUACUGAACUGAUUUUCAGAUUAAUUCUUAGAACUGGCGUUUCCGUUCAGCCUGACUUUCUACACCUUAGUUGUUACAUUUCUCAAGAUAAAUCUCGAUAUAGCGAGUUGGUGGUUUUGUGUGCAGUGGUUAAUGUUUUCCAUCUGUGUUGUUGGAUUUUCUUACAUGUUAAACAAAACCAAAUGUACAGAAACCAUUGAAAACCUUUCAAAAAGACUUUUGAAAACUCCAUGUACGUGACGUUCGUGUUCAUCGACUGUGUGAGUAAUAGUGUCUUAUUUCGCUCGUCUUGGCUCAGAUUUCAGCUUUUUCAGCUUGCUUUCACUCGCACUAACUAUUUGGGUGCAGCAGCCGGGGACCAGUGUCAGUUCUAGAGCUGGUGUUUUUGUCAAGGGUAAUGACAUUAGGUUUUAGAUGUGUUCCUAAUCCCUGGGAUGCAUGUUGUUCGGGCUGAAAGCAAAGUGAACCAGAACACCUGGAUAUCGUUGAGAUGCACUGACUAUAAAAGACUCAUCGCAUUUGUCCUUUCAGCCAACAAUAAAUAUCAAGUCAAAUAACUUCAUCCAGCCUUCUGUCUCUUUCUGACUUCUAUUGCUCAGUUUCACCUUUCUUGUCACUUCUGUUUUGGCUGCCAUGACUGUACGAUUUACAGCAUUUA